AUGGCGCCGUUGUGGUAUACUGCCAGUAGUGCACUGCUCCUAUCAGUCACUGCUGCGGCAUGGCCCUACUCCACCUACAAGUCGAUUGACUUCCAACCUCCCACUCUCCAGAUCAAUCAGACCGGCCCAACUGAUCCGGGAUUGAUUUUCCUCGGUCCUCGUGGAGGCGUGCAGCCUGCCGGCCAGGCCGCACUAAUCUACGACAAUGCGGGCAACUUGGUCUAUGAAGGCCCGGAGGAGGUCACCUCCAAUUUCAUGGUACAGAAGCUGAAUGGGUCCGAUGUGAUCACUUUCUGGGCUGGUGACAUGAUGGACAUCGGCUAUGGAUAUGGCUCCGUCCAUAUCCUUGACAAUACCUACCAGGAAAUCCACACCGUUACUUUGACAGGAAACUUCGUUACCCCGGACAAUUCAACCAAGACUUCGUACAUUGAUUUGCAUGAAAGCAAGAUCACCCCAAACAACACGCUUCUGGUCACCGCGUACAAUGUCACCCAGCAUGACCUGACUUCGAUUGGCGGUACAUCAUCGGAAUGGAUGCUGGACAGCCAUUUCUACGAAAUAGACAUCGCCACCAAUGAGAUUGUCAGCUCGUGGAGUGCACUUGACCAUGAAGAUGACAUUCCUUUGACCUCAUCUCACCAGAAGCUAGGCGGGACCGCUGGUACUCAGGAGAACCCUUAUGAUGCCUAUCACAUCAACGCCAUUACCCCUACCAACAAUGGUCACCUGGUCUCCCUUCGUCAUAUGUGGUCUGGAUAUUAUCUCUCUGAGAACGGAACUGUUAUGUGGCAAGUGAGCGGCGACACUGGCGCUGACUUCACUCAAGUGGGCAAUGCAAACUUCUCGUGGCAGCAUGAUAUCCGGGUCUUCAACGAGACUGAUGAGGGCAUGGUCCUGACCUUAUUCAACAACGCCAACACUCCGACAAACAGCGAGAGCCCUACCACUGGUGUCAGCCUGGCUAUCGAUCUCGUCAAGAAGACAGUCACUGGUCUCCGAUCACUGAGCGAUCACAAUGACCCCAUCCACUCCGUCAGCCAGGGCAGUUACCAGGUUCUCAAUGAGCAAGGCGGCCACGUCCUCAUGGCCUACGGCUCCAUCUCCAAGGUCAAGGAAUAUGACGGUGCUGGAAAUGUCGUCUUCAGUGGCAUGUUCGGUCCGAACAAUGCCGUUGCCUCAUACCGUGGCUACCGCUUCCAGUGGAGUGCUGUCCCCUUCUGGAAGCCUUCGCUGAAUGUUACCCGUACCUCCACCGGUGCCACCGUCUACAUGAGCUGGAAUGGUGCUACUGAGUAUGACACUUGGGCUGUCUACUCGGCUUCUUCGGAGAACUCAACCAACAACCAGCAGAUCGCAUCGGGCAAGCGCACUGGUUUCGAGACUGCCAUUAACGUGACCAAUUUGACCACCAACUACAUCCAGGUAGCCGCUCUCCAGGGCAACAAUGUUCUUGGUACCUCGGAUAUAGUCUCUUUCUAG